UUGUUUCACCUGUCGUUCUGUUGUUUUUUUACUUUAAAAAUACUUCUGGCCAAAAUCGAACUAUAUAUGGGACAAUGUUAAAUUCACUUAGCCUCCGUGCACUGCUGCGGUGUAAGGGAGUCCGAUCGCCAUUAAAUCCUAGUUUCGCUGGCCAGAAUGUCGCCCUUGGGAUUAUCCGACGCCACGAGUCCAGCUGUUUGACCUUGAAAAAUUCGUUCAAGUGCUACAACCUGGAGGAAGGCCCUUCAUUGGACGUUGAACUGUCCCGCGAUGACGCCUUGGAAAUGUACACCCAAAUGGUUGAGGCACGACGAUUCGAGACGAUGGCCGGCAACUACUACAAGAGCCGCUUGAUCCGCGGCUUUUGCCACCUGUACAACGGCCAGGAGGCAGUGGCCGUGGGCAUGAAGGCCCGACUCCGUAAGCAGGACUCGGUGAUAACGGCGUACCGUUGCCAUGUCUGGAGCUACGUGAUGGGGGUUUCGCUGUACGAAAUGAUGUCCGAGCUGCUUGGCUUUCGUCCUGGCUGCAGCCGGGGCAAAGGUGGCUCCAUGCAUAUGUACUGUGAUAAUUUCUACGGCGGAAACGGCAUUGUCGGUGCCCAGGUGCCCGUUGGCACUGGCGUGGCAUUAGCACACAGCUAUCGGAAUGACGGCGGAGUCUGCAUUUCAUUGUAUGGCGAUGGGGCAGCCAAUCAGGGACAGGUGUUCGAGUCAUUUAACAUGGCCAAACUCUGGUGCCUGCCCGUCGUGUUUGUAUGCGAGAAUAAUCAAUACGGGAUGGGCACCAAGGCGGAACGCUCUUCCGCCAUGACGGACUACUAUAAGCGUGGCCAGUACAUUCCCGGAUUGUGGGUAGAUGGCAAUCAGGUCCUGGCAGUUCGCACUGCCACCGAGUUCGCGUUGGACUAUGCCUUAGAGCACGGACCCAUUGUCCUCGAGAUGAACACGUAUAGGUAUGUGGGACACUCAAUGUCCGACCCGGGCAUAUCGUAUCGCUCAAGGGAGGAGGUGCAAACGGCGAGAGAGACGAAUGACCCGAUCACCAGCUUCCGAAAGCAGAUCCUUGAUUUGUGCCUAAUGUCCGAGAAGGAACUAAAGGAAUUGGAUGUCAAUAUCAAGAAGUACGUCGAUGAAGAGUGCAAGAAGGCGCUAACGGGCAAGGAGGUGGAACUGCAGGAGCUCCAUGCGGAUGUCAGCUCCAAGAACUUAGAGCCCAAGAUUCGCGGUGUGUCUGGCUAUAAUCUCGAUCAUGUUAAGUUGGCCGAUGUGUGCUUUGGCAAGCCGAAGAAGACUCCUGCCUGCGAAAUCAACGAUGUUCCCGUGGGUGAUGCCGUUUUGGCGGCGAAGGCCAAGGAGGAUAAGGAGAAGGUCUCCAAAAACAAACCGGUGAGCAAAGAUGGCAAGCCUGGAAAAGGGAACCAACCUGGAAAAGAAGUCAAGACUGAAAAAGAUGCAAAGUCUGGUAAAGAAAUCAAGGCUGAAAAAGAUACAAAACCUGUAAAGGAAGUCAAGGCUCAACAAAAGAAUACUUCGGAUGGAAAGAAAAAUGAAGCAAGCAGCAAGCAAGGAAAAUCUCCACCAGUGACAAACGCCAAGGCCAAAGAAGAUCCUAAAAAGCCACCCAGCAAGGAAGGGAAUCCAGCCAAAAAGGCACCCCCUAGCCCAUCACCGAACCCCACAAGUCCAGAAGUUCAUAAAAAGUAGCAGCAAAUUGGCCCAAGAAAAAUAGCUAAAUCAAAAUUGCAGUCGCUUCAAAAAUUAGUAUUCAUUUAAAAAAGGUAUUUUUAAAUUGUAUAAGAAUGAAAUC